AUGCUACCUUGGAAUUUUUUAAGUAAGCCAGCAAAGGUAUUUACUCCAAAGGACCACAAUCAAAGGGUCGAUGAACGAACUAUCGAACAUGAUGCAGCGAAACAAGAAAAUUCUCAUACCUCAGAUAUAGAAUUGCAUUCACUUCAAUAUACCGUAGAUGAAUCACCUUUUCAGGUGACAGGGUUCUCGUUUCAAGACACAUCUCCAGACGAACCUACAGGUGCUAUUAAGAAAAGUGAUAUAGGGAAAGUAAGAGCGAGUCAAGAGAAUACUGAGGCAUUUGAGACUUCCGAUAUUUCAGAUGAAGAUGAGAACGAUGGUAAAUAUGUCGAUGAAAAUGGGAGAGUGUACCCAGACGGGGGCCGUGAUGCAUGGUUAGUUGUCUUUGGAUCAUUUAUGGGUCUUAUUCCAGUUUUCGGUAUAGUUAAUUCUCUGGGUGCUAUUGAAUCAUACGUUUCCAAGAAUCAAUUAGCAAAUGUAUCGCAAUCUACCAUUUCAUGGAUAUUUUCUCUUUUUUUAGUGAUUAGUUCUUUGAGUUGUGUCUUAACUGGAGGAUAUUUUGAUAGAAACGGUGCAUCAAGACCUAUAAUUGUUGGUAUUUUAUUCUAUACUGGUGGACUAAUCGCUUUAGCUGAUUGUCAAGAAGUCUACCAAUUUAUUCUAGCAUUUUCUGUCCUGGCUGGUAUAGGUACGGGUGUACUUAUGACUCCACUUGUCAGUGUCAUUACAACAUGGUUCUAUAGAAAGAGAGGAAUUGCCAGUAGUAUUGCCACAAUGGGUGGGUCGAUUGGUGGUAUUUUAAUUGCACCUGUUCUGAGAAAACUUUAUGUUGAGGUUGGUUUCAAAUGGGCAAUCAGAAUAUUUGCAUUAGUAUGUUUUGUUUGCCUUGUGGUGUCGUUUUUCCUAGUGAAGGAAUUUGAUAAAGAGGAACUAGUACCAUUCGCCACUAAGAUGGAUGAAAUCAAAUGGUAUUUUAGUUCUUCAUUCAACUGGAGAUAUUUCUUGGAAGGUAGAUUUCUAUUUGCAGCACUUGGUGCUGCAUUAGUAGAAAGUGCAUUAACUGCAUUAGCCACAUAUAUUGCAUCUUAUUCUUUGGCAGCUGGUAACUCUGAAUCAACCUCUUAUAAUUUAAUCAUGGUAACCAAUGCAGCUGGGAUGUUUGGUAGAUACAUUCCAGGUUAUGUUGCAGAUAAAUACCUCGGUGGAUUCAAUGUUACAAUUAUUACGAUAUCUAUGGCUGUAUUAGUUAAUUUUAUAAUAUGGUUACCAUUUGGUACUCAUAUCGGAGCACUAUGGACAUAUGUUAUCAUUUAUGGAUUUUCCACUGGUUCAAUUUUUUCUUUAACACCUGUUUGUAUUGGUCAAAUAUCAAGAACUGAAGAUUUUGGUAAAAGGUUUUCAACUGUUUAUUUUUUUGAAGCUAUCAUUACUAUACCUGUUUUACCUAUUGGUGGUGCUAUUAUUGGUAAUGGUUCAAUUUCAAAUUAUAAUAAAUUUAUUGUGUUUAAUUCAGUCAUUAUGGGUGUAGGUGUUGCUUGUUAUGCUGUCUCUAGAUAUAUCUCUGUUGGUAUAAAAAUGGUCAAAUAUUGA